AUGAAAUUCCUAUCAAUAAGUUCACUCUUCAUUUUCGUGCUCGUAACAUUCAAUUUUGUUUCCGCACAACAAUUACCACAAAAUAUCUCCUCUACAUGUCAACAAGAAAUUCUUAAACUUGCUGGAAGUUCAGACCUCAACAGUUGCGCUUCAUUUACCAAGUUAGCACAAUUGCAAAAUACAACUAACCCACAACAAGCCUUAGAUACUUAUUGUGCCGCACCGAAAUGUAGUGAUAAUACCACUUCUGCUGAUGCUACUGAACUUAAAACUCAAUGUGCAACAGAUCUUUCCGUAAAUGAUCCUAAUGUUAUAGCCAUAAAACAAAUUUUUGUUUUCAAUUCCCCGAUAAAGGAUGCCUUGUGUUUCAAGAGCUCUUCUGGAGGAUAUUGUUACUUGGAUCCAAAUUCCAAUUCGAUAAUGGGUUACAUUAGUGGAUUGAAUGCUACUACUCCCACUGAUAUUAAUUGUACAGAUUGUAAUAAAGCCAUUUUAAACAUUUUUUAUAAUUACAUUAAAGCUAAUCCUGCAUCUGCAAGUGAUUUAACAAUUGACCCGACGUCUUUUCAAACUCUUGUAACAUCAAAGUGUAAUUCUUCUUUCUUAGAUGGAGCUGUUCCAACCCCUACUAGUUCUUCUUCACCUACUGCAAAAAGUGGCAGUAUCUCUAUGCAUGCUACAUCUUUUAUUGGCUUUACAAU